CUUUAUUUCUAGACUCAUUUCUUCUUAGUGAGAAACCAUCACUUUGGCCUGCAUUCAUACAAUCACCAACUAAUACACACUUGUACAACCAGCCAGCGACUCUUUUUAUAUUUUAUUCAUCAUGUCUUCUAUGGAAAAGGACCGCGUCGACACAGACGACCAGACCAUGUCCAGCGAGGAAGCCCCUCGACGAGAGCGCCGCAGCAAGAAGAAGAGCAGCAAGUCUCGCCGACAAGGCACUCAGCAGCAGCAAGGAGGUGGUGGUUCAGGACCUCUUGACCAACUCCCUCUUGCUGGCGACCUCGGCAACACAGUCGGCGGCGUCACAGACGGCGUGAGCAACACCCUGGGCGGCGUCACGGGAGGCCUUGGAGGUCUCACAGGCGGCCAGCAGGGUGGCGGCGGUGGUGAUGCCGGCAAGGACACUCUUCGACUUCGCCUAGAUCUCAACCUCGACAUUGAGAUUCAACUCAAGGCUCGUAUUCACGGUGAUCUCGAGCUCUCUCUACUAAACUAAGAAGCUGGUCUGCCUUACUGGCUGCUUAUCGUUUUGUCUAGUUCAUGUCAUGAUGGUACCCAUGUAAUGUUAUGUUAGCUACUGUCUUUGCACAACAGCUCGAUCAACAAAUGGCGGCGCAAGAUGGUGUUUUUUUAUUAAAUAAUGAUGGUCUUUUUUAUAUACAUAUUUUGGGAGAUGGAAUAAACACAAUACAAUACGGUUACUACAACUA